UGUCAAUAGACACAUCGACAAGCAUGGCACUGUACGUUUCGCAAGCACAGGUUCCCCACCGGGGCUUCAUUCUCGCUAGGGCCAUGUUACGCUUCGCCCCGAGGACGAUGAAGACAUGUGGCACCUGUAUAAUCUGAUUCAGGAGGGUGAUUCGGUGCGGGCUACUGCAGUUCGAAGAUAUCCAAUACAGGCUCUGUAGACUCUCAACGAUUGCGGUUGAAUCUCACCAUACAAGUUGCCCGAAUCGAAUUCUCUGCAGCCUCCGCUCCAACUUCCACUGCUGAUGAUGCCACCACUGCCGAUCCAACGGGUUCUUCGUCUGGGGAGCAACCCUCCAAUGCUACACUACAUAUCUCGGGACCGGUCAUCGUUGAAAAUCAGCAUGUCCGACUGGGCGCAUACCACACGCUUGACAUCGAGGCUCAGCGCGAUAUACGCAUCGAGAAGGUCGAAGCUUGGGACAGCAUCGCCAAGUCACGAGUCGAAGAAUCCAUCGUGCCGGGCAGGGGUGCAGAGGUUGCCGCUGUGGUCUGCGGAGAGGGCACAGCGACGUUUUGUCUGCUAUCUGAGCAUAUGACGCUGGUGACACACAGGCUCUUCACGACUAUACCGCGCAAGGGCAAUACGGGGGCAUCGCAGCACGAGAAAGCCCUUACCAAGUUCUACGGGACUCUGUUCGAUGCUUUCUUGCGACAUGUCCCGUAUACGAACGCCGAUCUGAAGGCUAUUGUAAUCGCGAGCCCUGGAUGGGUCAGAGACGCAGUCUACGAUCAUCUUGUCGCUGAGGCUUCUCGCCGUGGAGACAAAAUUCUUCAAAAAGCGCUGAGAGAGAAAGUCCUCAAGGUCCAUGUCAGCAAUCCUCACGUGCACAGUCUUGUCGAAGUGUUGAAGAGUCCCGAGAUUGUUUCCCAAUUGAAGGAAACUAAAUUUGCACGGGAAGGAAUCGUUUUAGACAAGUGCGUUCAUCCUGUGUUCCUGCGAUGGUGCGCUCUCAACUGCGCAGAUUCUUCAAGAUGCUCGGAACAGAUGAGAUGAGGGCCUGGUAUGGGCCAGAUCACGUCAUUCUUGCUGCAGAUAGAGGUGCAAUAGGCACUUUGUUGAUCUCUGAUGAUCUUUUCCGUGCGAGCGAUCCGGCUACAAGAAAGAAAUACGUUGCCCUAGUCGAGUCCGUCCAGCAGAAGGGAGGAGAGGUGGUCAUAUUCUCUAGUAUGCACGAAUCUGGAAAACAACUCAACCAAUUGACGGGGAUCGCCUCUAUUCUCACAUUUCCUCUGGAUAUCGAAGUAGUAGAAGCCGAAGAGAAGGAGGAGGCCGAGAGAUUACAACAAGAAAGCGAGCAACCUGCUGGCUAGUCCACUGUAAAUAUCAGAUUAUCAAUGUCGAGCAAUCUCCCGUCGUUGAAUCGUCGGUCACACACGCGUGAAAUCACGCAUCAGUCACAUCUGUGUGAGGACUGUGGGUCAAUGGCGAAGUACUCACUCGUAAAGCAUACAUAUCCAUUUACGGAGGCCGGACCUCUAACACAACCAGAUUGAUUGCUAUGAACAUGAUUGCUACAUAGGGUAUGUACGCAUAACCUCAAGGUCAGUCGCCCUUGCGAGAGUUGUCACCGGCGCGUCCAGUCACAUCAGUCACGAUCAAAGUGCCUGUCAAAUGCAUUGUUCAUUAUCGACUAACUACGAGGUCAUAUAAAGCCGUCUCCGAGCGCGCGCUUGGUUCUAACCCGAGCACCAGAGGUGCAGCCAUUCCGCCCACGCAGAUACGAGUGCUGCCCUCCCGAACGCCGCACUCGCUGCUCGUGCCCCAGAGACCCCGAAUAGAUCCCGUACUUUGGCUUGGAGUAUCAUCAGUCCACAAAAUCACAUGCAACUGAAAUGGAAGGAUAGUCUAGGAAAGGGAAAGACAACCUGUCAAUAUCUGCACCGAUGUCGACCUCAUCAAGCGCACCUGCUCCCGUGCUGGUAAUCACCACCUCGGAUCCCACCCCCUACCGUGACAGCUCUCAUGCAAGUGAAUCUUUAGACACGAACGUCCAAGCGGUCCAGGACUCAAUCAUGCGAGAGCUCGAAGGCCAUUUCUACGAGGAUCCAUACUUUCACCGCCGCCUCGCCAAGAAGGCCAAGGAGGCCCAUCCGCAGUUCGAAAAUGCUGCCAAUGAAUGGCUGAACGAUGCGAACCGGUCCGGAUAUCGCGAUGGAAAAUGGACUGCUGUCGCGAAUGAGAUGGGACCGGGAAAACUGGAGAAGAAGUUGUACGAUCCAUUGCACAAGCUGCUGGACGCGAUCAUGGUCCAGUUCGGCAACAAGGAGUCGCCCUCCGCUACUGCUGGCUAUCAUGGAACUAAACGCCAAGUACGGGAAACCUGGAGGACCCGGCUUCACCACCACAACCCGGAUGGCGUCAAGAUUGUCCUGGACGGUGAAACGAAAUCGAUCCGCAUCAAGUCGGCGCCAGAUCUCGCUGUUCUCGUGGCUGGACCGUCUGCGACGAAAGAUGCCGAGAUCGGAGAGAUGAUCGACUAUACCCAGGCUGGACUUGCGAUCGAGGUUAAACGCGAUGAGGGAUUCACGAAGGCAAUUCAGUGCCAACUGGCUGUUUAUGCCCGAGAGAUCUUUAUUGCCCAGGACAAUCGGCGCUUUGUCUUGAUCCCUCUGCUCACAGGGAAGACGAUGCGGAUCGUCCAAUUUGAUCGCUGUGGGGUGCACUACUCGCCGGCGUUCGACUAUCAUGAAGAGCCCCUCCUGUUCAUCAAGCUCGUUUAUCUCCUUACCUCGCACAACGAAGAGUGGAUGGGCUACGACACGCGUAUUCUCUGGCAAGGUGGCAAGCGUGUGAUGGAGAUUCCGGAUGCUUGCGUUCGCACUGACGUGGGACCGGGCUGGAACGAGACCGCAAGAAAGUUGUCGUUUGACAUUCUGGACGAGAACGGCAAUCCGGGUCCUGACGUCAAGCCCUCAUUCGCUCGUCGCACGAUCCGGUCACGCGGGACUGUGUGCUGGGCGGUUCGAGAUGUAAAGACGAACAAGCAAUACCUGGUCAAAAUCGCCUGGCCCGCCUCAGGUCGAGUGCUCGAGCCAGACAUGUUGAAGCAAGUCAGCGGUGUCAAGGGCAUGGGGCAGAUGUACGCUUAUGUCGAGCCUACAUUGGAGGCAACUGCGUUCGACCUUCGGCUGAUGACCGCGAAGCAGCGGGAGGACACCGGGAUCUUGAACCGAUUCCACGUGUUACUGGUUUUGGAGUUCUAUGGGUCGACGCUCAAUACAGCAGAGACCGCUGUGCAAUUGCUCCGCGCCAUCAGAAAUAUCGUCAAGGGCCACCGGGAAAGCGUUCUCGAUAAGGGCGUCAUGCAUCGGGACAUCAGCUUCCAUAACAUCCUGCUAUCGUCCAUUGAAGCCCAUGGAGAAGCAGUCCUGAUCGACCUUGAUACGGCGAAGUUGCUUGACCACUUGCUAGAAAUGAUAGACGUCGCUGGUGAUUUCAGGAGAGGCACACGGGCUUUCCAAUCGUUCCGCGUUCUCGUCCAUCACGAUCUUGCGAUUCACGAUCAUAUGGACGACCUCGAGUCCAUUUUCUAUGUUCUUCUCUGGCGUGACCAACUCCCGGCACCCCUCGGUCACGAGAAACGAACGCUCAUCACUGGGACCUUCAGCCCCAUUAUUCGGUUCAUGGACUCAGCCACCCAGACCAUCCUGAUGAAUCUCGUCGAGGCCCAUCAAGAGCUGUUUGCGGCACGAAUCGCUGUUAUUGACAACACUGUCCGCUUGAAGACGCUUGGCCGAUCUCGUCCAGGGAUCGCUGUCCUUCAAGAACCGUUCAAAAACGCAGUGAGCGACUACCAAGCGUUCCUCGCGCCAUUGGACGUCGCCAUCGAGGCUCUGGAGGGUCUUCCGGAGAAUCCCGUUCAGCCUGGGCUGGGCACUGGUCCCCCUACGACAACCAGUUCCUCCAAGCGUCCGCUACAAGGUGCAUCGAGUACUCCAACAAAGAAGCGACGCUUGGAACAGGACAGAAAGGCAGCGGCUAUUGCUCCUGAGCAUGGCGUCCGUAUCUUGAGUCUUUCGGUUGGCGUAGCUCAAGAGGUCGAAGAAGGUUUGGCCCAUGACACAGAUGAACAUGAGGAUGAAGAGACUUCGGAGGAAGAUGACGACGAGGAUUAUAAGGAUAAUUCCAUGGGAAUUAAAGGGCGACGACGUGCAGGGCCCGAUUCCAGACGAUACCCUUUUAUGUCAAACUCCGCUCGUGCGCCCCCUCCUAAUUUGGACACCACCGAGACGGCUGAGCGACUCACCGUGGCAGCGACUGGCUCAAAUCCCUACCCCUACAAUGAUAGCUCUCAUGCAAGUGAACCUUUGGACACGAACGUCCAAGCGGUCCAGGGCUCAAUCAUGCGAGAGCUCGAAGGCCAUUUCUACGAGGAUCCAUACUUUCACCGCCGCCUCGCCAAGAAGGUCAAGGAGGCCCAUCCGCAGUUCGAAAAUGCUGCCAAUGAAUGGCUGGACGAUGCGAACCGCUCCGGAUAUCGCGAUGGAAAAUGGACUGCUGUUGCGAACGAGACGGGGCGUGGGAAACUGGAGAAGAAGUUGUACGACCCAUUGCACAAGCUGCUGGACGCGAUCAUGGUCCAGUUCGGCAACAAGGAAUCGCCCUCCGCUACUGCUGGCUGUCAUGGAACUAAACGCCAAGUACGGGAAACUUGGAGGACCCGGCUUCACCACCACAACCCGGAUGGCGUCAAGAUUGUCCUGGACGGUGAAACGAAAUCGAUCCGCAUCAAGUCGGCGCCAGAUCUCGCUGUUCUCGUGGCUGGUCCAUCAGCGACGAAAGACGCCGAGAUCGGAGAGAUGAUCGACUAUACCCAGGCUGGACUUGCGAUCGAGGUGAAAUGCGAUGAAGGAUUCACGAAGGCGGUUCAAUGCCAGCUUGCCGUAUACGCCCGAGAGAUCUUUAUUGCCCAGGACAAUCGGCCCUUUGUCUUGAUCCCUCUGCUCACAGAGAAGACGAUGCGGAUCGUCCAAUUUGAUCGCUGUGGGGUGCACUACUCGCCGGCGUUCGACUAUCAUGAAGAGCCCCUCUUAUUAAUCAAGCUCGUCGCCUUCCUCACGUCGCACAACGAAGAGUGGAUGGGCUACGACACAAGGAUCUUCUGGCAAGGUGGCAAGCGCGUGAUGGACAUUCCGAAUGCUCGCGUUCGCAUUGCUAGAGCAUCGGGCUGGAAUGAGACCGUGGAGAAGCUGUGUUUCGUGGUUCUUGACGAGCACGACAAUCCGCGCGCGGAGGCCAAACCGACUUUCGCCCGCCGCACGAUCCGGUCACGCGGCACCACGUGCUGGAAGGUGCAACAUAGCACGACCAAGAAGAAAUACCUGGUGAAGAUCGCCUGGUCUACUAGCGGGCGAGUGCCCGAAUCGGAUAUGCUGAAGAGGGUUAGCGGUGUUAGAGGUAUGGGCCAGAUGUAUGCCUACGUCGAGCCGACUUCGGAGGAAACUGUGUUCGACACCCGACUGCUGAAGGCAAGAGAGCAGGCAAAAGCUGAACCGUUGAACCGGUUCCCCUCUUUCUUGGUUUUGGAACUCUACGGGUCCACACUGAAUGCAGCAGCGACGGCCAUCCAGUUGCUUCGAGCCAUCAAAUGUAUCGUUGAAGGUCACCAACGAUGCCUCGUCGACAAGGAGGUGAUGCAUCGCGACAUCAGCUACAACAAUAUCCUUCUUUCACCGAUCGAAGAGCACGGAGAAGCGGUUCUGAUCGACCUGGAUAUGGCCAAGUUUAUUGACCACCUGAAACAAAUGAUAGGCGGAACGCGCGCGUUCCAGUCCGUUCGUGUUCUGUCGCAUCCCGCCCUGGGCAUUCACGAUCAGAUGGACGAUCUCGAGUCCAUCUUCUACGUUCUGCUCUGGGUCCUCUGCUGCCUCGAUGCCAAAGGCGGUGAAAUCACCAAUGCGCCAUUUCUGAAAUGGUUUGACGCGACUCUCUCGCGUGACACUCUGGGCGACCAGAAGAUAGCCGUCCUGACUACGUACUUCCGCCAUCCCAUAACCAGGUUUACGGACCCGGCCACAGUGGCCAUCCUGGGCGCGCUCAUCCGGGCCCAUCAGCUUCUCUUCAGGACGAGAUUGGCUGUAAUCGACAACACAGUUGCCCAGGCCAGAGGGGAAGGCGCUGCCGACUUUCCUGUCUUGCAGACCAACUAUUCAUGAGCUUCAACGGAUUAUGAAGCCUUUCUUGCCCCGUUACGUGUCGCCAUUGAAGCUCUCGAGGCUCUUCCAGUCGCUGCUCCCGCUGUUUCGGCUGAUGCUGUCUUGCACCCGAGCUCAGCGCCGCCAAACAGCUCCGUUAAACGUCCUCUGCCCGCCGGGUCCAGCACUGCGGCAAAGAAACGACGUCUGAAGUAGAAUAAAAGGGGUGCAGCUAUUACUACCAAACACGGCGUCGGCCACUACCCGAGCGGUGGGAGGGGAUCCUGUCGAGCAUGAGGAUGAAGAUGAGGACGAGGACGAAGAGACCGAUGGAGACGAAGAAACGGAAGACGAUGACGACGACGACGACGA